AUGUCCGACAUUGACGAACGACCCUCUAAAAUCCGCAAAGUCGCACCUACCGACGAUGCAUCGACCUCUACCGAUUCAAUUGCCCCCAAUUCCAAUUCCAAUGACACAACAAUGCAACUUGAAAAUUCAAUAAGUGCUGAAGAUGCCCCCGCCAAUCCCAAGUCCAAUACCACCGAGUCGACCGCUGUAGCAAAUUCAAAUGAACCCAAUCCCCUCUCAAAAUCGCAAUUAAAAAAGCGCAGGAAGCAAGAAGAAUGGGAAGCCAACAAAUCCAAGCGUACCGAAUUCCGGCGCAUCAAGCGCAAAGAAAAGCAGGCUCGUAAAGCUGCGGCUCAAGCAGCUGGACUGCUACCUCCCCCUCCACCUUCCUCAUCCCGUCGACCUGUUCAAGUCCCAGUUUCUUUCCUUAUUGAUUGUGAUUUUGAAUCCUACAUGAUGGAAAAAGAAAUUAUAUCAUUAACAGCGCAAGUAACACGCUGUUAUAGUGAUAAUCGAACUGCGGUUUAUCGAGGACAUAUGGGAAUAUCGGGAUGGGGAGGCAAAAUGAAGGAGAGGUUUGAGGGGGUAUUGGCAGGUAAUUUUAAUAGUUGGAAGGGAGUUAAGUUUAUGGAAGAGGGGUGGAUGGAGGCCGCGGGUAUCAUGGAUGGACUUAUGAGGGGAGCUGAAGGCGGGAGGUUGCUAGGUGCUUUGGCGACAGAAAAUGGACUCGAGGAAUACAAGAAACCGCGCAGAGGAUCAAAGAAGCAGGAAGCAGAAUCGGCGGGACCAGAAUCAGUGGAAGCUGUACAGCUAGAAGUUGAUGAACAGCUAAAUCCAUCCAUUCCAGAGGCCUCAGAAGCCUCAGACUCUACACCCGCCACCAAUUCCUCAUCCACCACUCCAAAUAUAGUCUACCUCUCCUCCGACUCCGAAAAUACUCUCACUACUCUCUCCCCAUACACAACCUAUGUGAUCGGCGGCAUAGUCGACAAAAACCGUCACAAAGGCCUUUGCUACAAACGAGCUUGCGAUGCGGGGAUCCCAACCGCAAAAUUACCUAUUGGAGAAUAUAUGACUAUGCAAAGUCGGACUGUGUUGACUGUGAAUCAUGUUAUGGAGAUCAUGAUAAGGUGGUUGGAAACGGGUGAUUGGGGUAAGGCUUUCUUGAAGGUUAUUCCUAAGAGGAAGGAAGCGAAGUUAAAGACCAAGGGGAAGAAUGGCGGGGCAGAGGGCGAGGAAAAUAAUGAGGGAGAGGAUGGAGAUGGGCUGGAUGAGGAUGAGGAGGAAAAGAGUGGAGAUGAGAGCGAAGAUGGUGAUGAGGGUGGAGUUUCUCUUGAAGCCGAAAAACGGGCAGAAGAGCAACAAGAAUUGGAUAAGGACGAAGGAAAUGAUACCACAGUGUGA